AUGCAAUGUGAUCCUCAUACGGUAAAUACCGAUCUCAUCAACACUGGAGUACUCUCCGGUCAGCAGAGUGCCACCUCGAUGAGGAUAUUCACAGCUUCUCUGGGUGGAAUUAUCCGCGAUGUCACAGCCCGUUCACAUUGCAUCUCAGCCGAGCCACGAGUACUCAAAACGAGUCCCACUUGUACAUCAGUUUACGUUGAUGGAUCCGAACUAAGAGGUAUGCAAAACAUGAAAGUGCACGUGCACUACGAGAAAUGGACCGCAUUCAUCGCUUUCACCGUUUGGUACCCCCGACUUCCGAUAACGCUGUGGCUACGCGAUCCGGUGCUGAAUUCGAUUUCUGGAUGGCCGAUAACUGUCUGGAAGAUUCUACAGGGCGAUCGUCACCACAAAGGAGCUGCUAAACAAUUUGCUUGCGGAAAUCGUUUCCAACAAACCGAG